AUGCCCAAGGGACGUAGUGGUGGGGCGUCGUCCUCAUUAGGGGCGAGCAAGGGUAUUCGGAAGACGUUCGCCUUCUGGCAAGACCGCGAGGUGCACUUUGACGCCGCCGCCCCGGUGCUGAGGCUGCGCGAGAACACGGAGCACGUCUACGCCACCUUCCACAACGUCGAGGAUACGAAGGGCAACAACGGAUGCCCCGGUACGCUGCUGGUGACGAAUCUACGGCUGAUCUGGCGGUGCAAGCAGCGGCCAAACGUGAACCUCAGCAUCGGCUACUACUGCGUCCAUAAGCUUACAGUGCAGGAGGCGGAGUCGAAACUGGCCGGCAGAAUGACGGAGUGCAUCACGCUUGGGGCCAAGUGCGGCGCGAGCCGCUUCCAAUUUCUCUUCUCUGUGGCACACGACGUCGGUGGCAUCGGCAGCCGCCCUGCGGCGAGCGCGAGGGGCGGCGGUGCUGCUCAACUGGACCGGGAGAACCGCUCUCGUCGGCGGCCAAGCAAGGGCACGGUAGACUACCAACGCCUGUACGCCACCAUUCGCGCUGUCUGGAACGCGUACGAGAGCACACGAGUGUACCGUGAGCUCCGCGUGCGUAGCGCGGUGGUGCAGCAUGGUAACCUCAUCCUCCUCGACGGCGAGAACGUCGUUUCCCGCACCAGCGGCGUCAGCAGCGUCAGCAAGGACGAAGGCCACCUUGGCACCUUCAUUGUGACGAAUAUCCGCGUCGUGUGGUUUGCGGCGGCAGAGUUCUUCAACGUGUCCGUGCCGUAUCUGCAGUUUGUCGGCCUACGCUCACAGAUGAGCAAGUUCGGGCAGGCGCUGGUGAUCGAGACGUCCCGAUACGCCGGCAACUUUGUGCUCGGCUUCCGUGUUGACCCGGAAGAGAAGCUGAAUGAGAUGUACGCGGAGAUCAGCACGCUGUGGCGCACCUGGACGGCGCGGCCGCUGCUUGGCAUGAAGGUAGAGCUGCACGACGACACAGCCAAAGUGAUGGUGCCAGCUGCUCUCGGCGCCAAGAGCGGGGACGCAGAGCAUCCUCACGGCGCCGCCGGCGACGCGCAGCGUGAGCGGCAGAUGGAGGGGCAGAACGUUCUGCAGGAGGCCCCAAUGGACGCGCUGGCGGCCUACUACGCGGGUGGUGGCCGGAAAGGAGAGGAUCGGCGCCCCGUCUACGAGCCAUCUAUCGGCCUCGCCGUAGAGAAGCUGCGCAAGGGGACCACCAUCCAAAGUCUCUGGGAUACCUCCAUGUCAUCCUGA